AUGGGAUUAGCUUUGAGCAAGGAUGCGUUGGAGGAUCGGAGCCGCAAGGUGUGGCACCGUUGCUGCUUCGCCUGGAACCGUUGGUUGCACCCAAUCCUGCAUUAUGGGGCAGUUCCUGCAAUAUUUGCGUUGGGCCUCGCGGCCAACGGGGAGCUCACGGCAAAUCCCAUAACUCUUUUCCAGAAGCUUAUUUUAAAUUGA